CAUUGAGAUCAGGUUGGAUUACCUUGAAAGCCAGUGGAAAAAUUGUUUUCCAUCGACUGUGAGCUUUGUAACAAUGCCUUCCAAGCAAAAGGCAGGCUGCUCUGAAUGGAAAAUGUUUUCCCAGAAGACACUGAGGAGUCUGUCAGCACAAGGUUUUACCACAUCACCUGAAUCGGAAAGCUUGAAUUCAUAUGUGGAGGCUAUCUCUUUCCUUUAUGCUUCCAGCACUGAGACCUGCUUUGAAUAUGGCUGGAAGCGCCUGCUCUGCUCUUGAUGGCCUAUUCAAUACAAACUAAUGCAAUAGAUAAACACUAACAAACAAGGUUACAUAGGCUCUCUGGAGCCUUUGACUGCUGAAGCUGCUGCUUAAAAAAAAUGGAGAGCUUAGCUGAUUCAAUUUAUGUUCAUUUUUGUACAGGUCUCAUGCGUCAUGAUUUUACCAAGAGCUAAAGAAGCUUCAGGGACAUCUUCACUAACAGGAUGGAAUUAGAAGCCAUUCAGUUGGAAGAAGCACAUGUUCAUCAUGUAUACAAGCAAACAGCACCAUACUUCAAUGAGAUCCGAAGCAAGGCCUGGCCAUGUGUCAGACAGUUCCUCUUGGACCAAGAACCAGGCAGCAUCAUUGCUGAUAUUGGAUGUGGGACUGGAAAAUAUCUCAGUGUGAACAGCCAGGCUUACAAGCUGGGCAGCGAUUAUUGUAACCCUUUGGUGGAGAUUGCCAAAAGCCAUGGACAUGAAGUCAUGGUAUGUGACAACCUCAUUCUCCCCUACAGGGACCAGUGUUUUAAUGCAGUCAUUUCCAUUGGAGUGAUUCAUCAUUUUUCAACAAAGGCCAGGCGAAUUAGAGCAAUAAAAGAAAUGGCGAGAACUUUGCUCCGUGGAGGUCAAAUGAUGAUUUAUGUAUGGGCCAUGGAACAAAAGUAUCGCCGCUUUGAUAAACAAGACAUCUUUGUUCCUUGGAACCGAUCCCUGUGUUCUAGACCAUCAUCAGAGUCUAGUCAAAAUAAUAAUCAACCCAUAGUCGGAAGGAAUGUCAAGACAGAAGAUAAAGACUCAAUAAAGGCAGUUCAAAGUGAAGGCAGCACAAUGUUGUCUCUUAGACAGGAUCAACACACAAUACUUUCAUACAGAAGUGACAAUCAAACUUUGUUAGAAAAUUGCUGCCCCAGGAUGUCCAAAGAUCAAGAGUAUCGACUUUACAAGAAUCUGGGAAAAUCACUUCGCUCGUGGUUCUUCUCCAAAUCACUUGAUGAGGUUACAAUGCAGUCACACAUUGACCAACUAAAGUCGAUGAAACAGUCACCGGACCUAAUGCCUUCAUGGGGAAGCACUACUGUUUCCAUGCAGCCUGUGAGAAAGUUGAGCAUAUCAUCCCGGCACUGCAGUUUGGAAGCAGAUUGCCCACCACUGGUGAAGACAGACAGUUUUGAUGAGGAGGUGUUUGCUGAAAAUCCAAAGCACGAAGAAGCACAAUGGUUAGAGACUAGAAAUGUGAACUCAUUCAAAACAAAGCAAGGAAGACAGCAAGGUGAAAUAAGCAGAGCAGGAGAUCUAAACCUUUUUCGGACUAACUCUGUAGAAGACAGUCAGAUGCAUGAAGGAGCACAAAAGUCUGAGAGAACUGGGGCCAGGGUUUUUAAAAGGACUUCUACAACAGAGUCAACAGACUCUGUGAUUGACAGUAUCAAAGCUGUGGCUUUGGAUGAAAAGGAAGCGAUAAUUCCAGAUGCUACAGAAUUCAUGCGAUAUUAUCAUGUCUUCAGGGAAGGAGAAUUGGUUCAGCUCAUUGAAGAGAAUGUGCAAGAACUUCACAUUCGGAAUUCCUGUUAUGAUCAUGGCAACUGGUGUGUCAUAGUAGAAAAACAAUAAUAUGUGGUGAUUUUAAUUGAUGCACACAUUUUAAUAUCAAAGGUGAUUUUAAACCUCAUUAUUUUAAUCACAGAUUAUAACAAAGUUAUUUUCAAUUUUGUUAGAGUUAAGUACAAUAUCAAUGCCAUAAUGUAAAAAUCUGUUUUAUUCUGUGUAGUGCCAGGAUUACAUAAUUAAUAUUUCAGAUAUAAUUGGAUGGAAUUUGAAGGAUCAGAUUCAUGCUGUUUCCAUUAACUUACUGAAAAAAUAUCUUCUCAUCCAUCAGAUCAGAAUGUUGCAAGGGUCUAAAGUUACCACCUUACUAAGGCCAGGAGUUCUCUCACAACGCUGCUCUUCUAAUACCUGAUCUUCACCUGUUACAUCACUCAGAUGUGACCUCCCACUGCUCUACAAUUUGAUGGCUCAUGGUGCACUGUUCCUCAAAAAUACUUUGUGUAUUCAUUCCAAUAAUGUGACAAUGCUUUGAGAUUGACAACCUGUGUAUUCCCAUUGAUGACCACUGCUGCUGAGCCCACAGUGGGAUUGGAGGGUGUAAUUUUAUAGACCUGCCAUUCGAGGGAAACUAUCCCCAGCUGCUUAGAAAUCUGGUGCCCUUCUGCUAGCUCAAAGAAGGGGAGCAGGCAUGUUCCUUUGAGCUGCUCCAGAUGGUUCCCAUCAUAAAUGCAAGUGGCUGCUUUUCUGUGAGUUUAGAUCUGGAUUGUGUCAUGAAUUCAUCAUGGAUACUGGCAAAGGGGAAUCUGGUUCUCCCAAAGGAAUUAAGUUUUUCAAAAGCACAACAAAUGGUAACGGUAGAACAGAUUUGAAAUAGCCCAUCUGUAUUUUUUUCAAGCAGUGUAUCUGCUGACAGAAAAUAUUUAAUACUGUUUCAAAUUUUUAUGUUAGCAUUUAAGUAAUAAGUCUAUGAUCUUUGUGUGUAGAUCUUCUUUGUAGUUCGUCUUACACAAGGAUAAUAUAUUGUAAUAGUAUAUCACAAGAUAAGUUUUUUAAGCACAGACAUCAUAUUUAUAUGUGGAAGUUCUAACUUUUUACACAUCAUUUGAAGUAAAGUUCAAAAACAGGGUCCUACUAUUAAUUACUGCAGAACAAAUAAUAAAUUAUAUUUGAUACAACAUUUCUGGCAGUUAUGAGAGUGAGAUAGAGUUUAAAUUUGCUGGUCGUUGGAAGGCCAUUUGUGCAUAUCGUUAGUGACAUUUGCACUUGUUCCUAGCCUUGCAGUUUUUUAUAUAGAAGACUGGUUGAGUCUUUGCUCAUAUUUGCCUUUUAGAAAGGAUGUUAUACAGACUGAGAGGAAUUGUAUUAAGGAUUUGAGGAAGGGUUGCAUGAUUUGUUUUGACUCCACAAGUUUGAUUUAUACUGUUCUCAAAAUAAUAAAGGGGUUUGACAUGACAGAUAAAUGGAGUAAGGGCCAAAGUCAAAUUGCACACUGGAAGAAGGUUGAAGUCUCACAUUGCUUACUACACUUUCAAUGUCCUGUUUAACCAUUGAGCAGAUGGAACAAGUUGGAACGUUUAGUUAAAACUGAAAAUGCUGGAAAAAACUCAGCAGGUCGGGCAGCAUCUGUGGAUAGAGACGAUGUCAGUGGUUCACGUCUACAACUUUUUGUGGAACUUCAUUGGGCGUUGUGACUGAGUGCAAAAUAAUUCUCACGUACUUUCCACCCACCAACAUUCCAGACUUGGGAAUCAGUGAUCUAAAGGAAACAUAGUGCUUUUGUACUGCCAGCUAACUGAUGAGAUCCACUUUAUCAGACAAUAUUUGCUGGUGCCAUCACAAGCAUAUUUUACCCAUUAUCACUGGGGACGUCAUUAUGCUUACAAGGAGUAAAAAUUGGUCCAGUCUAGUGAGCACACAAAGAACAAUCUAGCCUGCAUGGGAUUUCUUUCAGCCACUGGGAUAUACUGCAAUGAAAAUACAUGGUUUUCAGGUGUGAAAUUUUCUUUGUAAUUGAAAUUGAUUUCAAGAAAUCAGUGCCAGCAACUUCUUCAUUUUUUCUCUAGUUCCUGCUGGAACCUUGGUGGAAUGUCAUUGGAAUUCCCUUGGAAAUCUUGCCUACCAGAAACAUCUGACAUAUUGCUUUUCAGUGUCACAAGUAGGUUGUGCAAUUUAAUUUGCUAGUUUACUGCUGCAAUCGUCACCUGGAAGCAUUGUUUUUCAAAAUGAUUUAACUCAAAGGUAAUUUAGUUCUCUUUUUUCCCCACACCUUGGGAUAAAAUUUUAUGUCUUCUGGUUGUUCAUUGAAAAUGUAAAUGUCACAUUUGGGGAGAACUAAAUAUUCUGCUGCCUUGGAUUUUUUUUAAAAGCACAAUUUGAAUAUCUAAUGCAGCCCUUGUGGAGAAUUUUAAACAGGAGUCAACGCAAUAAGUUUGUUAUGCACAAACCACCUUGUGUUUUCUCAGGAUUCCUUAGUAGCAGCAAAUAUUUCAAAUCUGUGGAAAAUUUAAAAAUCUCAUUCUGGUGAUGUGAUGUUCUUUUCUAUGCUUGCUGGCAAAGGUCAAGAUUCUCUGCACAGACAAUGCAAACAUGCAAAGUGACUGUUUGUUGUACAAUUGUGUCAAAGUCUGGCUUUCACUAUAUUUUAAUUCUAUUUAAAUAUCUUCGGCUCAUGUACUUUCAAUUUACUGCAGAUUAAAGUA